CUUCACACGUAAAAUGUCGACUUUUUCGCAUAACGAUGAAGAAAAACUUAUAAACAUUGUAGCUGGUUAUCCAGUUAUUUACGACAUAUCCAAUCAAGAUUACCGCAAUAAUUUGGCCAAAGAUAAUGUGUGGAAAGCAAUAGGAAAGGAUUUAAAUAAAAAUAGUGACGAAUGUAAAAAGAAAUGGAAGGUUAUCCGCGAUGGAUAUCAUAGAUUCAAGAAAAAACAUAAAUUAGGUACAGGUUCAGCUACUCCUAAACACUCGAAAGACAAGAGACAUCUGCUGCUAUCAUUUCUGGAAAGUGUUCCUCAACACAGAUCGGGCGGCUCAAAUAUACCUUCGUCACCAAGGGGUCCACAGAGUAAUGAAGAGGAUAGUGUGGACAAUCUACUCAGUUCAAAUGAACAAGAAGGAUCCAAAGAUGGAGUCAUGUCUUAUGUCGAGCAAGAUAGUGACAAUGACGACACAACUAAAGUUGAAACAGAAAAUAAACAGAAGAGAAAUUUAGAUUUCAAAAACAAAGUAUUAAAAGAAGAUUCUAUUUUAAAAGUAUGGAAAGAAAGAGACGAAAAAAGAGAGACAAUAUUGAAAAAGAAGGAUGAUGACAUAGACUUGUUUGUUCGUCACAUAGGUGAAGUUUUGAGAAAUUUGCCACAAGUGGAAAAAGCUCAAGCUAAGAAACAUUUAUAUGAAGUCCUUUCAGAGUACGAGAUAAUGGCAGCUAAAAAGUUGGUUGGACUAAAGCAAAGGGGGCGCAGGACUUAGAAAAAUUUUGAUGGAUUUGGUGUCAUUAUAACACCUAUUUAUUAUUGUUUUAUCGUAAAAAUUACGCUAAUAUAAGCAUGUUUUAUAGGAACAACUUUCCUCUAAAAUCAAAAAUGGCCGAGAUAUUCGCCCUCAAUACGUUAGGUUAGGUUUAGGUUAGGUUAGCCGUUAGGUUAGGUUAGGUUAGGUUUCUUAAAAAAAAAACUACACAGAAAUAGGAAAGUUUUUUUAUAAUACCUGAAAUUGCCGCGAGAUCCUGUUUAUCUUCCUAGGCCAAGCAGUGCGCCACAUGUAUUGUCGUCAGAUCCUUUUCAACCUGGGCCAAGCAGCGCGCUACACGUACAACCAUUGCCGCGAGAUCCUGUUUAUCUACCUAGGCCAAGCAGUGCGCGACAUAAUGAACAAUAUCAGUAUCAAUUACCAGGUCCUGUUCAUAAUAUACAGACAGGCCCCGAUUCUACAAUAAGUACCGUAGCCGAUUCACCAGGGCCCACAGAUUUGUCUAAUCAAGCGAAUCAAAGCCGUCAUGAACCGUCUGAAAUAAAUGAAGAAUAUUUUGAUUUUAUUAACUUACCUUAAAGUUAGAUAUAAUUUUUCCUCCGCAGUAAUGGCGUGUCGAUUUUUUGGUUGGAUGUCAUCACUAAUAAAACUAAGUAUAAAAUCGAA